AUGGCGAUUUGUACUUAUAACGCACGUACGGUUGCAUCGGAAGCGGCCAUCGAAGAUCUGAUGAUGCAGGCCAAGAAGAUCAAUAGAGGUGUUGGUGGAGUUGGCGUCCUCGUCAACACGAGUAUGGCAAAGAACAUCGACUCUUUUGAACAACUUACGACCCGAAUUGGACGUCUGCGGAUGAGAAGAUGUGAUCCAACACCAGCUUUGACUAUCUUCGUCACUUACGCUCCAACAUCAAGCUACGAUGAAGAAGAAGUCGAAGCUUUCUUUAUGGACCUGGAGAAGUUCUACCGAGAAGAUUAUGCCUUCUACAAGGUCAUAAUUGGCGAUUUCAACGCCAAAGUCGGCCCAAGAAGAACGCCGGAGGAACUUCACAUCGGGACCCACGGCCUACAAUGGAACGACCAGGGGGAGAGGCUCUCCGAGUUCAUCAUGACGACUAAGACCAUCCAUGGGAACUCGCAAUUCCAAAAGCCCUCCUCUCUACGCUGGACGUGGGAGUCACCCGGUGGAGGGUACCGUAGUGAAAUAGACCACAUCAUCGUCAAUAAGAGGUUCUGCCUGACGGACGUCGCUGUUGUACCAAAGUUCUAUACGGGAUCGGACCAUCGCCUCCUCCGAGGAAAAUUUUCUUUUACAAGGAGAGCAGAGAAAGCCGCCAAGUUCAGAGGGGGAAAUCCCAGAACUGUCAUCAACUGGGAUCUCUUCGCUACGUCAGCCGGCUUUUGGGAAGAUUCCGCAACGGACAACAUCGACGAGGAAUAUGACCGGCUCGUUAAACACCUUCGCGACUGCGCGAAGAAGGCUGAGAGUUCUAAAACCACCAAGAGACGCUUGUCUCUUGAAACUCUUGAGCUGAUACGCCAGCGUGGAGCAGCACGAGCCGCAGGGAACCAAGAACUCACGUUCGUGCUCGCAAGGUUUUGCAGAGAGGCGAUAAAGGAAGACCUUAAAGAGAGAAGAGCAGAAGUGCUGGCUGAAGCUGCAGAGGUGAGGAAAAGCAUCCGCUAUGCCCGUCGAGAUUUCGCCAGUCGCAAGACGAGGAUGACUGCUCUCCGGAACCCGAAGGGAACAGCCAUUGCGUCGAGAAAGGGGAUAGAGAAAAUCAUCUACGACUUCUACUCCGAUCUCUUCGACAGCCAUGUCCACUUGCCUCCUCACCAUCUGAGGGAUGAUGGACGUUCUCCCGUCCGAAAUACGACAUGCUAUCAUGUCGUACUCAUCAAUACCCUGGCGAGGCUCUUUACACGUUACCUGUCGGAAUGCAAGGUUCCUAAACAGUGGAAGACCAGCAAGACUGUGUUGCUGUAUAAAAAGGGAGAUCCACAUGACAUCGGCAACUAUCGCCAAAUCUGCUUACUGUCCGUCAUCUACAAGCUCUUUACAAGAUUGAUCCUUAAUAGGAUUGAAAAAGUCUUGGAUGAAGGACAGCCAUGCGAGCAAGCAGGGUUUCGAAAAGGAUUCAGCACGAUUGACCACAUUCACACUGUUUCGAAACUCACCGAGGUAUCACGAGAGUACAAGAUGCCGCUCUGUCUCACCUUCAUCGACUUAAAGAAGGCCUUCGACUCAGUUGAGAUGGAAGCGGUCGUGGAAGCCUUGGACAACCAAGGCGUCCCUACUCAGUACAUAAAGGUACUUCGAGAGUUGUACAGUAACUUCACUACCGGAAUUGCGCCAUUCUACAAGAAUAUCAUCAUUGACACAAUCUCACCCAAAAUAUUCACAGCUACCCUCGAGAACGCAAUGCGAAAGUUGGAAUGGGACGACAUGGGAGUGAAGCAUCAGCCAAGCGGAGCGAAUGCUGACCGAAUUCGACGAAACAUGUGGAUGCAUCGGUCUUCAGCUGAAUCUGGACAAGACGAUGUUCAUGCGGAACGGAUGGGUCUCGGAUGCCCCAUUCACGCUCAACGGAACGAACAUAUCCGAAUGCACCAGCUACGUUUAUCUGGGUCAGGAACUGAACAUGAUGAACGACCUGACCCCGAGCUGGGCAGGAGGAGACGAGCAGCUUGGGGAGCGUAUAAGAGCAUCGAGGAUGUAGUGAAGAAGACCAGGAACACCCGGCUCCGUGCUCACCUUUUCAACACCACCGUACUUCCCGCUUUGACCUAUGCUUCGGAAACCUGGGCAUUUCGCAAGCAGGAAGAAAACGCGGUGAGCGUCAUUGAACGCGCAGUUGAGAGAGUGAUGCUAGGAGUGUCCCGUUUCACGCAAGUGAGAGACGGGAUUCGAAGUUCUCUCCUACGUCAACGAUCGAAAAUUAGAGACACCGCCGCGUUUGCCAAGGAAAGUAAAAUAAGGUGGGCCGGACACGUGAUGCGCUUUAAUGACAACCGUUGGACCAGAGCCGUGAGCGACUGGGUUCCCCGCGAUAUUAAGCGCACUACAGGAAGACCGCCGACCCGACGGUCAGACUUCUUCACGAAGUCCUUCAAAGAAAAAUAUGAUGCUCUUCGUGUCCCACGCGAAAGGAGGAACCACUGGGCUACUCUAGCACGCGAUCGGGACAAAUGGAAGAAUUACUGGCGCCCGCUCGACUAG